AUGUCAACGUUGUCUGAUAGCAUUCGUUACGCUAAAAAAGAUGAAGCUUUUCUUAAAGGUCUGGACGUCACUCAGAUUAAAUACACCCGUCUACUCUGGGGCGAUCUCUCUGCUGCUGCAACGCGUGAAGGCCAGGUGAACAGUGGGAGGGGAGUGGCUGAGGAGAGUUUGCGAGUCACGCAGUAUAAAAGGCUACGACUCAACACCGCCGUCGUUCUUGCCCUUGUGGCCGUCGCUUUGGCUGCUCCUUCACAGCCUUCUUACGACUACUCUCCUCCGGCAUCCUAUGACUCUCCUGCUAAGUACGAUUUCAACUAUGCUGUUAAGGACGACUACUCUGGAAACGACUUCGGCCACCAAGAAGCCCGUGACGGAUAUAACACACAGGGUGCCUAUUUCGUUCUCCUUCCCGACGGUCGUCUGCAGAAGGUCACUUACACUGUCAACAGCGACUCUGGGUACGUGGCUGAGGUCAGCUACGAAGGCGAGGCCCAGUACCCCGAGUACCAUCCCACUCCUGCCUACAAGCCUGCUCCUGCUUACAAGCCUGCUCCUGCCUACAAGCCUGCCCCUUCCUAUAAACCUGCUCCCACUUACACGCCUACCCCUGCUUACGACGACUACUCUGGAAACGACUUCGGCCACCAGAAGCCCGUGACGGAUAUAACACACAGGGUUCCUAUUUCGUUCUCCUUCCCGACGGUCGUCUGCAGAAGGUCACUUACACUGUCAACAGCGACUCUGGAUACUGUGGCUGAGGUCAGCUACGAAGGCGAGGCCCAGUACCCCGAGUACCAUCCCCACUCCUGCCUACAAUCUCCUGCUAAGUAUGACUUCAACUACGCUGUCAAGGACGACUACUCUGGAAACGACUUCGGCCACCAGGAAGCACGUGACGGAUACAACACUCAGGGUUCCUACUUCGUUCUGCUUCCCGACGGUCGUCUGCAGAAGGUCACAUACACUGUCAACGGUGACUCUGGCUAUGUGGCUGAGGUCAGCUACGAAGGCGAGGCCCAGUACCCCGAGUACCAUCCCACUCCUGCCUACAAGCCUGCUCCUGCUUACAAGCCUGCUCCUGCCUACAAGCCUGCUCCUGCUUACAAGCCUGCUCCUGCUUACAAGCCUGCUCCUGCUUACAAGCCUGCUCCUGCUUACAAGCCUGCUCCUGCUUACAAGCCUGCUCCUGCCUACAAGCCUGCUCCUGCCUACAAGCCUGCUCCUGCUUACAAGCCUGCUCCUGCCUACAAGCCUGCUCCUGCCUACAAGCCUGCUCCUGCUUACAAGCCUGCUCCUGCCUACAAGCCUGCUCCUGCUUACAAGCCUGCUCCUGCCUACAAGCCUGCUCCUGCUUACAAGCCUGCUCCUGCUUACAAGCCUGCUCCUGCUUACAAGCCUGCUCCUGCCUACAAGCCUGCUCCUGCUUACAAGCCUGCUCCUGCUUACAAGCCUGCUCCUGCUUACAAGCCUGCUCCUGCCUACAAGCCUGCUCCUGCCUACAAGCCUGCUCCUGCUUACAAGCCUGCUCCUGCUUACAAGCCUGCUCCUGCUUACAAGCCUGCUCCUGCUUACAAGCCUGCUCCUGCCUACAAGCCUGCUCCUGCUUACAAGCCUGCUCCUGCCUACAAGCCUGCUCCUGCCUACAAGCCUGCUCCUGCCUACAAGCCUGCUCCUGCCUACAAGCCUGCUCCUGCUUACAAGCCUGCUCCUGCCUACAAGCCUGCUCCUGCCUACAAGCCUGCUCCUGCUUACAAGCCUGCUCCUGCCUACAAGCCUGCUCCUGCUUACAAGCCUGCUCCUGCCUACAAGCCUGCUCCUGCUUACAAGCCUGCUCCUGCCUACAAGCCUGCUCCUGCCUACAAGCCUGCUCCUGCUUACAAGCCUGCUCCUGCUUACAAGCCUGCUCCUGCUUACAAGCCUGCUCCUGCCUACAAGCCUGCUCCUGCCUACAAGCCUGCUCCUGCUUACAAGCCUGCUCCUGCCUACAAGCCUGCCCCUUCCUAUGAACCUGCUCCCACUUACAAGCCUACCCCUGCUAUUCAUAUUUAUAUUCGUGAGGGUCGGCUGGGCAGUGGAAAGGGAGUGGCUGAGGAGAGUUUAAGAGAAUCACGCAGUAUAAAAGGCAACGGCUCGAGGUUUGAUGCAUCUCAGUCGAUCACCUGUCUUCAUCAUACCGCCGUCGUUCUUGCCCUUGUGGCUCUCGCUUUGGCUGCCCCUUCACAGCCUUCCUACGACUACUCUCCUCCGGCAUCCUAUGACUCUCCUGCUAAGUAUGACUUCAACUACGCUGUCAAGGACGACUACUCUGGAAACGACUUCGGCCACCAGGAAGCACGUGACGGAUACAACACUCAGGGUUCCUACUUCGUUCUGCUUCCCGACGGUCGUCUGCAGAAGGUCACAUACACUGUCAACGGUGACUCUGGCUAUGUGGCUGAGGUCAGCUACGAAGGCGAGGCCCAGUACCCCGAGUACCAUCCCACUCCUGCCUACAAUCUUAAUGGGUUUGCGUCGCAUAUCAACGACGUAAGGCUCAACAUGGUAUUGAAAACUCACAUACUAGCUAAGAAGACUGGACGUUUGAUAUUAGGAUAUCAGCAUUUUACGGUAUCAAAAUUGCGAGAUUAUACCAACUUGAAGUUUUUGGGCGAACUCUCGUCCAAGACAAAGACUUAUUUACUUAAGAAGACUUUGAUUGGAGAUUCCUCCACAAUGAACUUCAUAAGCUUUAUUCAAACAGGUUCGAGGUCCAGGCCAAUUCAAGUGCUGGACUGUGGUUGUGGUGCGCAGGAUAAGGUGGUCUCAACAGGUUCGAGGUCCAGGCCAAUUCAAGUGCUGGACUGUGGUUGUGGUGCGCAGGAUAAGGUGGUCUCAUGUACCUCGUGGUCUAAAGGUGAGGGUCGGCUGGACAGUGGAAAGGGAGUGGCUGAGGAGAGUUUACGAGAGUCACGCAGUAUAAAAGGCAACGGCUCGAGUUCUGAUGCAUCUCAGUCGAUCACCUGUCUUCAUCAUACCGCCGUCGUUCUUGCCCUUGUGGCUCUCGCUUUGGCUGCCCCUUCACAGCCUUCCUACGACUACUCUCCUCCGGCAUCCUAUGACUCUCCUGCUAAAUAUGAAUUUAACUACGCUGUCAAGGACGACUACUCUGGAAACGACUUCGGCCACCAGGAAGCACGCGACGGAUACAACACUCAGGGUUCCUACUUCGUUCUGCUUCCCGACGGUCGUCUGCAGAAGGUCACUUACACUGUCAACGGUGACUCUGGCUAUGUGGCUGAGGUCAGCUACGAGGGUGAAGCCCAAUACCCUGAGUAUCAUCCUGCUCCUGCCUACAAGCCUGCUCCUGCUUACAAGCCUGCUCCUGCCUACAAGCCUGCCCCUUCCUAUGAACCCGCUCCCACUUACACGCCUACCCCUGCUUACGCCUAA